UGGUCGCGGUGCGUAGCGAGCCGCGCACAGUCCGGCCGCGACGCUUGGCUUCUCCGAGCGCGCUUCACGCUUGCCUUCGCCCUCGUACCAGCCGCCAGCUCAGAGCUCAGAGCUCGUCACCGGUCUCCCGCGCUGCGUACACCGUGACAUGGCACUAGACGAUGUAGAGGGCGGGCAGGGCCCGGCGGCGUGGCUGCGCCGGUGGUGGCGCGCGCUGCUGGCCGAGGUGGUGGCGACGCUGCUGCUCGUGCUGCUCGGGGUCGCGUCGCUCAUCAAGCUGAAGCCCGAGCAGGACGUGCCGCUCACCAACCCGGCGCUGGCGUUCGGCUUCGUGGUGUUGAUGAACAUCCAGGCGUUCGGCGCCACGUCCGGCGCGCACAUGAACCCGGCGGUGACGCUGGCCGCGGUGCUGUACGGCGACAUGGCGCUGGCGACGGCCGCCGGCUACGUGGCGGCGCAGCUGGCGGGCGCGCUGCUGGGCUUCGGCGCGCUGUACGCGCUGCUGCCGGCGGCGGCGCUGCGCGGCCACGCGGGCUGCACGUGGCCGGCCGCCGUGACGCCGCUGGCCGCCGCCGCCGUGGAGGCCGCGCUCACGGGGCUGCUGGCGCUGCUGUGCUGCGGCCUGUGGCGGCAGCACGACCCCGCGCGCCCCGACCACACCGCGCCCAUCAAGUUCGGCCUCGGCGUCGCCGGCCUCGUCUACGCGGGGGGCGAAUUGUCCGGCGCUAGCCUCAAUCCGGCUAGAAGCUUGGCUCCAGCGAUCUUCCACAACUUCUGGCAGGAUCAUUGGGUGUACUGGCUGGGCCCGCUGGGUGGCGCAGCGCUGGGCACGCUGCUGCAUCGCUACGUCAUCGCGCCCCCCGUCGCCGCCACUCGCGCCGACGGCAACGGCGUCCCCGAACGACUGCCGCUGCAGGACAAAACCGCCGUCUAAUCAUGGUCCAACUGCCAUGGCCCCGACCCGCUCUCUUUCCCUCUCCCAUGUCCACCCCUAGCCCAGGGCUAAGGCUGCUAGGACAGGGCAUUUCCAAUCAAAAUCGCCAACGCCAUCGAUAAAACUCAUCGAAAUUGCUUUAACGUUUAAAAUCCCGAUCGACGAACGAGAUAGCAACAGUCUCGUCUGCGGCAACACAACAUUGAGUAGUAUGGAGUAGCAGGUCAAAGAAUACUUUGUAGUACCGACAUUAUUAUUUUGGAACAUUCGUAAUCUCGCAAGAAAAAUGUUUUUGAACCAACGCUCUCGAUUAAUUCGUUUAACACUCAUUUAGAGGACACACAGGGCAGGCAAAUCGUCAACAUGGUUCGAAAACCAUUGACAACAAUGAACCAACCAAACAUCAGAUUUUCUUUCUUCACCGACUUCAAUCGUGGCCAGACCCUUUAUUUUGAUUUAAAAACAAAGUACUGACCGAUUUUGAUAAAAUUUCUAAGGAACCGCUUUGAAAGCAUAUUAUUUGAGAUAAAAGUUUUUUUUUUCGUUUUACAAAUGAUAAAGUUAUGAAGUACAACCGAACUCUGAAGAUCACGCAGGGACGAGAGGACACGAAGCGAAUUGUUUGUUCCAUACUCCCAAUUGAAGAAUUACGAAUUGCUGGUCAAUCGAUGAGCACCAAAUUCCUCAUUUGUAAUUGGCAAAUGGGCAUUUUUUAAAGCCGCGGUAUACCUACAGACAACUCGUACGUGGAUCAGGAUCUACGCGUAGUCAUUAAGAUCUCAUACCAGACUUGUUUAAAAGUCACCAUCACUGUAAGACAAGAUCUUUUUAUAUUUUUAAUAUUGUUUAGUUAUUGUUAAUUAAAUAAUACUUUACGAUGAAA